CGCGCGCGUCUCCUCUUCUCGGGCCCCAAAGGCUCUCGACACCGCUUGCAGUCGCGUCCACGAGUUCAAUCGCGCAGGUAACGCGGGAGUGUGAAUAGAAUUCGAGUGAAGAGAGCAUACGAACAUGGAGUUCACGAGGCGACAACUCGUCCUAAUCUCGGUGGGAAUAUUAUGGAGUUGCGUACUAGGUCUUCAACGACCACCGCCGAGAUACUCCCAACAGUAUAUGCCGGAAACUUCCUUCUCCUGUCGCAAUAAAAUCGUCGGUAGCUAUUACGCGGACCCUGAGACUGACUGCCAAGUCUUCCACGUCUGUGUCUCUGUGGCUGGCUCUAUUCAAGAUUAUAAAUUCCUGUGUCCCAAUGACACCGCCUUUGAUCAAGAGAGCCAGACUUGUGCGGACUGGUAUGACGUAGAUUGCGAGGCCGCGACCCUUUAUUACGCCAGCGACAACUUCGACUUAUAUAGAAUCGGUUCCGGUCUCGAAUCCAUGCAUUACGAUAAUCUUCGCAGCGACGCCGAGCCCCAGGAUCAUCUUCAGCGCAGCGAGACUAGUGACGCAGUUCGAUCCUCCGCUAAUGCACUGAAUCGAGUGUCCUCAUCCAACUACAACAGCAAUCGCGAGGUACUGCGAGGUAGCAGUAGCGGUAAUUUCUAUAAUAGAAACAAUAAAGAGGAUGAAUACGAGUCCGAGAAGUCGUACAAGGAGGAUGUGAAUCAAGACACCAAGAAAAAGAUCGGCGGCGUCAGGAAGGUCAGCAGGAAGCAGCCGUACAAUGGUAACGGCUAUUCGUCGACGACUACCACGUUAGCGCCUGCCGCUCCCAGUCAGCAAAACUACAACAACAAUUAUUACAACAACAACGCGUAUAAUCAACGAUCCACGACGUACGUUGCCUCGUCGACGACCGUCCGACCUUUGCAAGAAAACUACAACCGAAAUCAGAACACCCAGAGAUACAACGUACCGUCUUCCACGACAUAUCGACCUAGCACGACGUAUCAGGACGCGUAUAGUAAUCAUCAGUCAUCACCCAGCACGACUAGCAGAACGACGCCGCCGCAUAAUGUCUUCAGCACGAAUGUCUACAACGUUUACAAUCCUAAUUACAAUCAACAGAACGCCGUCAGCGGUUCCUUCCAAGUCACAACCCUGAGACCGAGCAGCUACAGCCCGAAGACGAAUUAUCAAACCAACUAUCAAUUCCCGCAGUCUACCACCACUGUCCAGCCGAGCACCAACUACCAACAGACUAACGAUUUCAAUAAUUAUCAGCAACGAAACUACAACAAUAUCCAACGAGGAAAUGUUGCGUACUCAUCGUCCACUACAUCCGCGUCUACCGUCUACGAUAAUCAUUACAACAACAACGGCCAGUAUAGAUCAUCUACUAGACAGGACAUUCCUCAGACUACCGCGAAAUACUUUGCCAAUAAUUUCGCGAGCAAUAGUUACGCGCCCACCACUUACAGCCCGGCGACGAAGAAAUACGUGAACGGGGAUAACACGGUUGCGCAGACGACCGCCUUGCGGAACAAUGAUAACGGCCAAUAUCACGACAAAGCCAUUAACCAGGCGAUAAAAUCCUCCACGCAGUAUUAUGACAGUACGAAGACGCCAAAGAAGGCGACUCAGUAUAAUAAUUACGAUGGAGCGAGUGGUGGCAAGUCGUAUUACAUCGAGACCAGCACGGGUAGCUUCGACCUCGCGAGAUCCUCUGUCGGGAUCGGUUUCAGCCCCGCGAGUAUCAACCAUCUUGCCGAGUCGCCAAGAACUACCACACCGGUACCAAGGCGGCCUUCCAGCGUUACCACUUACAAUCCGAACAGCUUUAGCUCCAGCGCUCAGAGAGCCAGCCAGUCGACGACGACGCCACGUGGCAUUACUUACGUCAGCGGAUCUGCGAGACCAUUUACGUCGACGACCAGAUUACCUAGUAGUAGCAGUAGCACGACAGCGCGACCGAAAUCGGGCAAGAAGAACGAUUACGAUUAUGCUUAUUAUGACAAUGCGGGUGGCCUAGAGUACGAUGGAGUCGAUCUUGAGCACGUCACCAGUAACAAGGAAUCGACAAAGAUCGCGAGGAAUUAAAGCAACCUCGUAUCAUAUAUAUAACGCGUCAAAUUUUUUAAAGACGAUAUUAAUGAUGUAAAGAGACUAGUGAUAUAUUGAGAUUACAAAAAAUGUAUCUUUUUUUUUAUGGCUGGGUAUACUUUUUCAGUAUACCUGUGUCUGCAUUUUUCCCGCGGCAAAAUACUUAUGUAUUUCUAGCCAGAUGGAUUAUUUCUAAAUAUUUUUAAGGUACAUUUUUUGAAAUACUUAUGUUUGCAUGUCAAAUUAAUUUUGUACUUAACGAUAUCGUACAAUGUCGUCAAAAUUGCACGGAGGUAAAAGCAAGUUAAUUGACUUUAGUCGAAUACAUCUUAAGUAUCUGUUCCCAGAUACUGAGAAGAUAAAAUAUCUUUCGCAUUACUGGUCGCGCAACAAAAAAAUUUCGAUAUUCAUCAUUUAUUAUAGCGGCCAGUUAUUAACAAAUUCGAUUAAGAAAAUUAAUCGCGCAAAAGUGCAAAGGAGAAAGAGUACAGAUAUUGAAUACCAGUUUCGAGAGAAAAAAUAGCAUCGAUGAUAUUGAUUUAUUUAAAUUCAUACAAUGUUCGCGUUAUGGUUCUUCCGGCGUUAUUAACGUACGUAAUACUAUGUAGUUCAGUAUUUUAGGAUAAUUUUUUAUACAUACUUUAUAUAUGAGACGCUUAAUCCACACGGCAUUAAAGUGUCGAUGUGUACCGAUAUUAUGAUAGAUAAUUACGAAAUUUUGAAAAUUGUCAGUGCAAAACUUAAACUGUUUCGUUUAAUCUCUUUCCUUCAAUUUCAUAACGCGAAAAAAAAAGCUUCGAGAGAUGGCCAGUUAUUAAUAAUUAUACUUAUUGUAUAUUGG